AUGGUCUUCUCCCUCUUCAAGUCCUCCAAGCAGGAGUCUGCCAACUCCCAGAACGCCGAGCCGACGUUCGACCCAAACACCCUCCAGAUGGUCCAGCCGGGAUCCCCCAGCGCCCCUAACAUGAACGCUAACGGCGUUGUUGCCGAGCAGCCUGCUCGUCAAGAACAAAUGUCGAUGGGGCUGCGCGGUGGUGGUGAGGCCGGAUUCUGCUGCGGAAUGUGA